CCCAGGAUGAGACACCGUCUGAUGCUGACCCUCCCCGCCAUCGCCUUCCUGGCGGUGGGCGUGCGGGGCCACGGGCGGCUGAUGGACCCGCCCGCGAGGAACGCCAUGUGGAGGCUCGGCUACCCGAACCCCGUUAACUACAACGACAACGAACUCUAUUGCGGAGGAUUCGUAGUCCACUACCAGCAGAACGACGGCAAGUGCGGCGUCUGUGGCGAUAACUACGUCGACAAAGCGCCGAGAUCUCACGAAGCAGGAGGCCUCUAUGCCAACGGGAUCAUCGGCAGAAAAAUACUUAUCUUUCAGGUCAUUGAAAUCGAGGCAGAGCUGACCACAAACCAUAAGGGCUACAUGGAAGUUAGACUGUGCCCGAAUAACGACCCUAAGAAGAUUAUCACUGAAGAAUGUCUCAGUCAAUACGUCCUCCCUCUCGAAGGCACGUAUGAAACGCGCUUUAUCAUUCCUGAAGACAGCAAGAAGUACGAGAUCUUCAAGUGGCGCGUCAAACUGCCCGAAGGAAUCACCUGCAGCCACUGCGUCCUGAGGUGGAAGUAUUUCGCAGGAAAUACCUGGGGCGUGAACCAAGAGGGUCUGGAGGGCGUGGGUCAAGGACCUCAGGAGACCUUCAUCAACUGCGCCGACGUCGUCAUCAACACGCAGACAAGCGGCUUCGCAGGAUAUCCAUCGGAGAGCAACCAGGUGGACAACCCUUGGGCUCUCUACUUCAGGGGUAGCUUCCCUGGGAUUCCUCAAGACUCCAAGGAUCAGCGCCCCGGAGGACUCAAACCGCUGAUCAUUAGAUCGCAGGUGUGUCUCCCUAUUGAACCUCUGAGGGAAGUUCAUAGCCUACAGGAAUGGUGCAAGACGAACUGCCUGAAGUAUCCUCCCAACUGCGACCCUGAGAUCUGUAAAUGUGU